CAAAAUCAACAGUGUUUACGGAGAGACACUCUCUCUCUCUUUCUCCCCUUCCAAACACCUCUCGUCGUCUUUCACAAAAAAGGGUUCUGCUUUGCAUAACGUUCUAGAGUUAUGUAUAUAUGAAAAAUAUAUAUCUGAUGCAUAUCUCUAAUUCUGGACACCUGCCAUUUCUGCUCUCAAGAUUCCCCUGCUUAGUCAUCUUCAUCCUGCACCAGUAACUCAAUAUUAUCACACUCAAUCCUCAAUCGGAAAUCUUUGUUGCUGGCUGUGGCGUAAGAAGAACGAUCCAACCGCGUAACUUCUUCUGGUGCCAGGAAAAUCGCAAUUGCUUCGUUGUAUUCCAUUUGGCAGGAUUUCUGAUCCGAGAUUUAAAUUCCACCUUAAGAUGUUUGGAUCUCAGGACAAAAUGGAUUUAGCCUCCGACUAUCAAUCCCAAGUUACCAUAUUGAGACCAAGCAUUCACGCGAGAAGAGCUAAGUUGACUGUAAAGUUUCAAGAUAUUUAUGGGUUUACAGUAGAAGGCAAUGUUGAUGAUGUGAAUAUACUGAAUGAGGUGAGGGAGAAGGUGAGGCAAAAUGGUAAGGUUUGGUGGUCAUUAGAAGCUAGCAAAGGUGCAAAUUGGUAUCUGCAAGCUAAUUUUUCAUCAUCAUCACUCAACAACAAGCUUUCCACCUUAGCCAAUUCAGUUACCUUGAGAAAGCUUAUUAGAAAGGGUAUCCCACCAGUUCUUCGCCCUAAGGUUUGGUUUUCCCUGUCUGGGGCAGCCAAGAAGAAGUCAACCGUGCCCGAAAGCUACUACGAUGAUUUGACAAAGGCAGUGGAUGGUAAGAUCACGCCUGCAACACUGCAGAUCGAUCAUGAUCUUCCAAGAACCUUCCCGGGGCAUCCAUGGUUAGACACACCUAAAGGUCAUGCUGCUCUUAGACGUGUUCUUGUGGGAUAUUCUUUCCGUGAUUGUGAUGUUGGUUAUUGCCAGGGAUUAAACUAUAUUGCGGCAUUCUUGUUGCUGGUGAUGAAAACAGAAGAGGAUGCUUUCUGGAUGUUAGCAGUCCUCCUUGAAAAUGUCUUGGUUAAUGAUUGCUACACGAAUAACUUGUCAGGCUGCCAUGUCGAACAACGAGUGUUCAAGGAUCUUCUUGUUAAGAAAUGUCCGAGGAUAGCUGCUCAUCUGGAAGCUCUAGAAUUUGAUGUCUCACUUGUAGCCACUGAAUGGUUCCUAUGCCUCUUCUCCAAGAGUUUGCCAUCAGAGACAACAUUGAGAAUAUGGGAUGUGCUAUUCUACGAGGGGGCAAAGGUUCUAUUUCAUGUUGCUCUGGCAAUCUUCAAGAUGAAAGAGGAUGCAUUGCUUGUGGCAAAUCAUGUUGGGGAAGUGAUAAACAUAUUGCAGAAUACAACCCAUCAUCUCUUUGAUCCGGAGGAGCUGUUAACGGUUGCUUUCGACAAAAUUGGAUCAAUGACAACGACGACAAUAUCAAAGGAAAGAAAAAAGCAGGAACCAGCUGUGAUGGCGGAGCUUGAUGAACGAGAGAGACGGUUAAAUUCUUUGAGAGGAGGAAGUGUUAGAUGAUGAUGAUAGUUUGAGUGAUAAGAUCAACUGGUUCUUGUUUUGUAAAGAAAAUCAAUUAGUUUGUGUUCAGAGAGGUUCAUUAAAUCUCAGAGCCCUAAACAAAAACAUUUCAUUUCUGUGUUAGUCCUGAUGAUCAGUCCUCCUUACAAACUCUUCUUGCAAGCUAUGUAUCUAAACACUAAUUAAACACAUGAGCAAAUGAAUUAUCUUAUCUCGUUGCUCCA